AUGGGCUCCAGCAAAUACGGCACUGACGGUGCUAUCGACCGCGUGCUUCGCCUUGGCCAGAAGCAAAAGCACGUUCCCGCUAUCUUUAUUCACGCCGGAGCAGGCUUCCACAGUCACCAAAACGAGCAUGUCCAUCUCGAAGCCUGUGUUUCCGCCGUUAAGAUGGGCAUGAAAUUUCUCAAAGCCGGAUGCAGUGCCACGGAAGCCGUUGAAGCCGCCUUGCGAAUACUCGAGGACAAGGAGAUCACAAACGCAGGUUACGGUUCCAACCUUUCCAUCGACGGCACUGUCGAGUGCGAUGCCACCAUUGUCGACCAUCUCGGACGCAGUGGCGCUUGUGGAGCGGUCCCGAAUAUUCGAAAUCCGAUUUCGCUAGCCAAGCUCAUCCUGGACACGAGCAACAGGCCCUUGAGCCUCCGCCGAGUGCCUCCUAAUGCUCUCGUUGGAGAAGGGGCGAGGGUCUUUGCCGAAGAGCACGGCAUGCUGACCUUUGCAAACGAGUAUCUGGUGUCCAAAAACUCACGCGACCGCUUCUUCCGCUGGCAAGAUGACUUGAUGCGAGCCGAAGGCCCAACCGAGGAACAACCACAGCUGGCCUCACCUCCCGACUCUGGUACGACGGCAUGUGUUCCCUGCCAAUACGACACGGCGGCGCCGGCAGAACCCCAACAAGCCUUUCCCAGGGAGCACACGGCGGCCAUCAUGGCCGGAACGUGGAACGAAGGUCAAAUUGACUCACCAUACGCUGGCACGCCCCUUGUAGAAUCACCGAGUGCGCAGGCUCCUGAAAUGCUCUCACCACCUGCCCACACCACGGGACUGUCGUUUGCCGCUGUCGCUCGCUCUCCGCCUCGCGCCAGUGGCCCUCGACUGACUCCCACCUCGGCUACUGCUCAGCUGUCUCCACGCGACGACAACAAAACGAUCCGGCCUGCGCGAGCGGAAGCAAAGGGACCGCGGCCAGAUAUUGCCAUGUCAGGCCGGAAAGAUGGGCCGACCGAUGGUUGUAUGCCCGAGGAUUCAACAUUUAGGGCGUCUCAGAGAGACACCCGAGAAUCGCCACUGCUCUCUGAUUCAGAAGUGGCAGGCCAGCCCUGGACAGAUGACAACACCGACGCUUAUGAUCUUAAGAGACCUUUCAAAGCGAUAACGCCGGCCGUAGACCACAAGGCCCAGUCCCCGAAACGUGCCCGACACUCGAUUGCUGAGCCAGAGGACCGCGUUACUGACACUAUUGGUGCUAUUGCAAUCGACGAGCGUGGUCAUAUUGCCGCGGGAUCAUCGUCCGGUGGAAUUGGCAUGAAACACCGGGGGCGCCUGGGACCAGCCGCCCUGGUAGGCAUUGGUACAGCUGUUGUGCCUUACGCUGAAGACGACGCUGAGGGACGUACUGUCGCAGCCGUGACAAGCGGCACUGGAGAGCACAUGGCGACGACCAUGGCUUCUCAGAGGUGCGCCGAGAGGAUCUAUCAAGGUACCCGCCGCGGCCCUCAAGGAUACGACGUGAAUGUGGACGAUGACGACGAGAUCAUGGAAUCAUUCAUUGCGGACGACUUUAUGGACCACCCCGGCGUAAAGAACUGCCACUCGGCCGGCGCCAUCGGAGUCAUGGUUGUCAAGAAGUGCGCCACGGGUUACUACCUAUACUUUGCGCACAAUACCGACUCAUUCGCAUUGGCAUCCAUGGGCGGCGUUGAGAAGGAACCUCGCUGCACCAUGUCUCGGCUUUCAGAGGGUGCUAAGAUUGCCAAGGGUGGUCGCAAGAUUCGAAUCGGGUGA